UGUUCAACGCUAAAGAAUUUGUUUUUUUUUGUUUUUGUUUUUGAAAUAACACGUUAAGAACCACUAAAUGAUAAUUGUGUAGAAUCGUAUUCGAAUCAAGUGCAAAUGCAAAACAUACAUAACUGUAGGUGCAAGCAUAACAAAAGAGAAGUUAAUUAAAAGCAGAAACGACGCUUACUUACAAAAGCGAAGAUAACCACGAAACGACGUUGCGAACGGUGCGACGAAAAAUGAUCGAACGGAAUAUGUGUGCCACCAGUUGGUAAAAGAGACAAUUUAACUCUUAAAUAAAAGCUAAAAGCUGCUAAAAAAAAAAAACGCAAAUCAAGCAAACAAUUUGUUUUUUUUAAUACAUUUUUUUGUGAAACAACAAAAGUUGCAAUUGCCGUUGCAGUUCGCGGGGUGCAGCUGGUAUUUAUUGUUGUUGUCUAACGUGUUUUUUUUUAUUGUUGUUGCGUUUGGCUACGACGUUUCCGAUGAUCUUGGCCUGUUGUUUGCCUUAUUUUUUGUGUGUGCUGUGUUGUUAUUGUAACUCGUUUUGCGCGUGUGAUUCAUACAACAACAAAAAGCACCAACAACAGUUAACAGAAAAUGCAGUGAAAUAUGCUAAAUAAAUAAACAAAGCAAAAAGCGUACAACAACUAAAAGAGCGAGAACAGGCCAUCCUGCAUUGAGAGCGCGAGAGAUAAAAUACGAUAACAAAAUAAAACAAUACAAAGCGGCGCUCUCACACACACACACACACACACAUGUGUGUGCGCACGCACACGCACACGCGAUAGUUCUUUCUGUCUGGUGGUAGGUGAACAAAAAAAACCUUUUUUCCCCGUCGUGUGUACAGCUGCUGUCAAGUGCGCAGCCGCAGCCGCAGCCGUAGCAGCGACGCCAAAGUCCUUUAAGCGUGUGUAGUGCAGGCCAUCUCGCUCUCACAUGUGCCACACUGUCCAGCUAGAUGAAUAGCAACGCACACAUACACACACUCACAGGGAGAAUCGUGCGCAGCUGCUGAGGAGCAGAUGAAAGGAGAAGAUGAUGCCAAAGCCAAAUGCCAGUAACAGACAACAACAACAACAACGUGCAGACGAGCAAAAAAUGUAUCUAGAUUAAUAACAAAUACAACAACAAAAGCGACUGCAACUGCAUUAAUACAUUCCCCACACAAGUGCAUUAUUAAUAUAUUUAAUUAAAGUGUUAUCGAACGUGUUAUCGAAACUAUGAAGGUUACCGUUUGUUUCGGCGAUAUUCGCAUUUUGGUGCCUUGCGGCACCGGCGAGCUGCUCGUCCGGGAUUUGAUCAUCGAGGCCACGCGACGCUACAAAAAGGCAGCCGGCAAGGAAGCCGACUCCUGGGUGGCCGUGCAUCAUCUGCAGACGCAGUCGGGCAUUUUGGAUCCCGAUGAUUGUGUGCGAGAUGUGGCCGAUGAUCGGGAACAGAUAUUGGCCCACUUUGAGGACUCUGGGCCCGAUCCGGGCGUGCCGCAGGGCGGCGGCGAUGGCGCCUCGGGCAGCUCCUCGGUGGGCACGGGCUCGCCGGACAUAUUUCGUGAUCCGACAAACACAGAGGCGCCCACGCGCGAUCUGUCCACCCCGCACAUUGAGGUGACCAGCACCACGUCCGGUCCACUGGCCGGCCUCGGCGUGGGCCUAAUGGUGCGUCGCAGCAGCGAUCCCAAUCUGCUCGCCUCGCUCAAGGCGGAGGGCGGCAACAAGCGCUGGUCGGCGGCAGCGCCGCACUAUGCGGGCGGCGACUCGCCGGAACGACUGAUGCUGGACAAGGCCGGUGGCCAGCUGUCGCCACAAUGGGAGGAGGAGGACGACUCUGCGGCACAGUUGAAGGAGCAAUUGCUGCAACAACAGCAACAGCAACAGCCACAACAUGCUGCUGCUGCUGCUGGUGGUGCUGCAACGGGCGCCCAUCAGCCAUUCGCCCGCUCCGGCCGGCUGUCCAUGCAGUUCCUGGGCGACGGCAACGGCUACAAGUGGAUGGAGGCAGCCGAGAAGCUGCAGCACCAGCAGCACCAACAGCCGCUGCCCACAUCGCUGCCGAACAGCGCCUACUCCAGUAAAUCGCUGCCGCGCGAAAGCAAACGCAAGGAACCGCUGGGCCAGGCAUACGAGUCCAUACGCGAGAAGGAUGGCGAGAUGCUGCUCAUUAUUAACGAGUACGGCAGUCCGCUCGGUCUGACGGCCAUGCCGGACAAGGAGCACGGCGGCGGGCUGCUUGUGCAGCACGUGGAGCCAGGCAGUCGGGCCGAACGUGGCCGCUUGCGUCGCGAGGAUCGCAUUCUCGAGAUCAACGGCAUCAAGCUGAUCGGCCUGAGCGAGUCCCAGGUGCAGGAGCAGCUGCGACGCGCCCUCGAGUGCUCCGAGCUGCGCGUGCGCGUCCUACGCGGCGAUCAGCAGCGUCGCCAGCAGCAGCGUCGCGACUCCAAGGUCGCCGAAAUGGUGGAAGUGGCCACCGUUUCGCCCACACGCAAGCCGCAUGCCGCUCCGGUGGGCACCUCCCUGCAGGUGGCCAACACACGCAAGCUGGGCCGCAAGAUCGAAAUACUGUUGAAGAAGGGGCCCAAUGGCCUUGGCUUUUCGGUGACCACGCGUGACAAUCCGGCGGGCGGGCAUUGUCCCAUUUACAUCAAGAACAUUCUGCCACGCGGCGCGGCCAUUGAGGACGGCCGCCUCAAGCCCGGCGAUCGUCUGCUCGAGGUCGACGGCACGCCCAUGACCGGCAAGACCCAAACGGAUGUGGUGGCCAUUCUGCGCGGCAUGCCCGCCGGUGCCACGGUGCGCAUUGUCGUCUCCAGGCAACAGGAACUUGCCGAGAUGCCCGUUGGCCCGCCGCAACCGGAACCAGUCGAGAAGGCGCCGCCACCAGCUGUGAUGGUUCCCGCUUCCGCUCCGAUUCCGGUGCAAAAGUCGAGCAGCGCCCGUUCGCUCUUUCAACAGCAGCAGCUGCAGCAACAAGCGCAGCUCAAUGAAUCUCAGCACUUUAUUGACGCGGGCAGUGAAUCGGCGGCUUCCAAUGACAGUCUGCCGCCGAGCAGCAGCAGCUGGCAUUCGCGGGAGGAGCUGACACUUCACAUUCCCGUCCAUGAUACUGAGAAGGCUGGCCUUGGAGUCAGUGUGAAGGGCAAGACGUGCUCCAAUCUGAACGCAUCCACGCCCAGCAGCAGCAGCAACAGCAGCAGCAUGAAGCACGACGGUGAUCUGGGCAUAUUUGUGAAGAACGUGAUCCAUGGCGGCGCCGCGUCACGGGACGGGCGCCUGCGCAUGAACGAUCAGCUGCUGAGCGUGAAUGGCGUCUCGCUGCGCGGCCAGAACAAUGCCGAGGCCAUGGAGACGCUGCGUCGCGCCAUGGUCAACAAUCCGGGCAAGCAUCCGGGCACCAUUACCCUGCUGGUCGGACGCAAGAUCCUGCGCUCGGCCAGCUCCAAUGAUAUACUGGAGCACAGCCAUAGCCAUAGCAACAGCAGCAGCGGCAACAGCAACAGCAACAGCAACAACAACAACAGCAGCUCCAAUGCCAGCGACAACUCUGGCGCCACGGUCAUCUACUUGAGCCCGGAGAAACGUGAACCGCGCGGCAGCGGUAACGGACCGGGCAGCUCCGGCAGUGAUAUGAAUAGAUGGAGCAAUCCCGUUUUGGAUCGUCUAACCGGUGGCAUUUGCUCCACAAACUCAACGCAGCCAACACAACAACAACACCUGCAGCAGCAGCAACAGCAGCAGCAAUCGCAGGCGCAACAGCGCCGUGUGCCUCCGCCCCCGCUGGGCGGCAACAAUGCGGGAUUGCGCAACGAGAGCUACUAUAUGGCCACCAAUGACAACUGGUCGCCGGCGCCGCUGCAGCUGCAGCUGCUCAAUGGGCAUGGCAACACGGCGCUGCUCAUCGAGGACGAUGCGGAGCCUAUGUCACCCACGUUGCCGGUGCGCGCACACGAUGGCCAGCACUGCAACGCGAGCAGCGCGAACACAUCGCAGACGAGCGCCGGCAUGGGGCAGGGCGUUGGAGUCGCUGGAGGCGGAACGGCAGCCGUGGCGGGCAGUUUCGAUGCCACAUACUCGUCGCAGCUGAGUCUGGAGACGAACAAUUCGGGCGUGGAGCAUUUCUCGCGCGAUGCCUUGGGCAGGCGCAGCAUUUCGGAGAAGCAUCAUGCGGCGCUGGAUGCACGCGAAACGGGCACCUAUCAGCGCAACAAGAAGCUGCGCGAGGAACGGGAACGCGAACGUCGCAUUCAGCUAACCAAAUCGGCCGUCUACGGCGGCUCCAUUGAAUCGCUGACGGCGCGCAUUGCCAGCGCGAACGCCCAAAUGGCGGCAGCGGCGGCUGGCUAUAAGCACGCCAAGACCAGCUCCCAUAUUGAGCAGCGGGAACAGCAGUUGCUGGCCGCCGAGGCGGAGGCGCGCGACAAGCUGGGCGAUUUGGGUCCAUCGCUGGGCCUCAAGAAGUCCUCCUCACUGGAAUCGCUGCAGACCAUGGUCCAGGAGCUGCAAAUGUCCGAUGAGCCGCGGGCUCAUCAUGCGCUGCGCGCACCACGCGGACGCGGACGCGAGGAUAGCCUCCGUGCCGCCGUUGUCAGCGAACCGGAUGCAAACAAGCCGCGCAAGACCUGGCUGUUAGAGGAGGGCGAUCACGAGGGCGGCUUUGCCUCGCAGCGCAACGGACCCUUCCAGAGCUCCCUCAACGAUGGCAAGCAUGGCAGCAAGUCGCGCGCCAAGAAGCCGAGCAUAUUGCGCGGCAUCGGGCACAUGUUUCGCUUUGGCAAGAAUCGCAAGGAUGGCGUUGUGCCCGUCGAUACCUAUGCCGCAUCCUCGAUUAUGUCCUCGACGCCGCCAACAACUGGUCAACAGCCCCACCAGGCCCAUCAGCAUCAGCAUCAGCAGCAUCAACAGCAACAGCAGCAAAUUCCAGCCGCUGCGCUUGCCGCACUGGAACGGAAUGGCAAGCCGCCAGCGUAUCAACCGCCGCCGCCGCUGCCAGCACCAAAUGCAGCUGGCGGCGGUGGAGCAGCCGCAUCCGCACUGCCAGGCGUGGCAGUUGCCACCGGUGGCGGCAACGGCGGCGGCGGCGGCACGCUUAACGGUGGCAUUCAUCAGAAUGAUAUAUUCAAUCAUCGCUAUCAGCAUUAUGCCAACUAUGAAGAUCUGCACCAGCAUCAGAUCAGCGAUGGCGUUCAAGAGACGCUCUCGGAGUCGACGAUCGAGUGCAUGCGACAGCAGGUGAUCCGCCAGCGCAUCAAGGUUGAGGCCGAAAGUCGCCGUCAUCAGCAUUACCAUUCGCAGCGCAGCGCCCGCUCCCAGGACGUCAGUAUGCAUUCCUCAUCCAGCCCACAGCAGCCACCACUGCCGCUGCCCCCAUCCGCGGCAGCCGUUGCCGCAGCAGCAGCACAUCAGUCACAUCAGCAAUCCAACGGACUGCGUCCCAUGAGCAGCUACUACGAGUACGACACCGUGCAGCAGCAGCGCGUCGGCAGCAUCAAGCACAGCCACAGCCACACCCAUAGCCAUAGCCAUGGCCAUGGACAUCACAAUGGCAACUCGUCGUCGCCCAUCAGCGUGAAUGUGGCACAGCCGCACUGGAAGGCAGCGGCGCUCAAUGGCUAUUCGCCGGCCUCGUUGAACAGCAGCGCACGCAGCCGCGGACCGUUCGUCACCCAGGUGACCAUACGCGAGCAGACCGGCAUGCCGCAGACGCAGACGCUGGCGCUGGCGCAGGCGCAGUCGCAGCAACCCACCUAUCAGACCGUGCAAAAGAUAGCGACAGCGCAGUCGCAAUAUGGCAGCGCUGCCGGCGCCCAGCCGCAUGCGUCCAAGGUGUGACUAUAGGUGCUGGCGCAUGCGCGCGCCACACGCGACGUCCUCGUGGAGGGCCAGCACGGUCGCCAUUCGGAGCUGAGCGAGGUGGAGGUCUUCUACUAUGCCACCGAGUGCUGACUCAUUCCACUAGGCAGCUGAACGGGCGGGGGACGGAGGGGUUAAAGGUCGCGUGUGAGUCGCAAGCGGCCGGCAAAAUGCAAAAUGCAAUCAACUGGAAAGCAGUUUGUUUAUUUUUUUUUUUUGUUUUGUUUUGUUUUAUAAAUAUAAAUAAAAUAAAAUGAAUUAUAAUUUUUUUUCAUCAUUUGACAAGGGCAACAUACCCACACACACACACACCCACACACACACACACGCAUACAUACAUAUGCUUAUAGUUAAGCUCAUUAAAAAAUACAUUAUACAAUAAAAGUAUUCCACGUGAAGCGCAUAUUGAAGAGCAGCAAAUGUUACUUUAUAAUAUAAAGAAUAAAUAUUCUAAUUUCAAAUAUUAAAUUAAAGCAAAACGAAGUGUUAAAUUAAAGAAGAAGAAGAAGGCAAUGCACUGCGCUUAAAUUAAGCUUAACAUUUAUAUUGUAUUGUAUUAAUCGCUAAGUCUAAGUCAAAGACCAUGUAAAUAAUUAUUCAAUUUAGUUUCUAUUGUGCGCGCACUUACGAUGAGAGUUAAUUGAAAAACGAAAUAUCAUUUCAUACGACAGCUGCAUUCGAGUCGCAAAAAACUUCAUCAUAAACAGACAUUUGUCUAUACACAUAUAUAUAUAUGCUAAAUUAAAAGCUAUUGGCUUGUAUACGAACAUUAAAAUACACUUUCAAUUGUAUUUUGGCGCUUUAACUAAGCCAAAAUCAUGCUGUAAAUAUAUAUAACUGGCAUACACGUAUAUAUAUAUUUAGACAUAAACAUAUAUUAUUAAAAAUGUUUUUUUUUUCUCGUUUAGCUUUAAAGCAGACGCCAUUUUGUAUGCAAAAGUAAAAGUUUAGAAGUAAAACUUGAAAGUCCCAAUAAUUUUUUUUUUAUCUAUAUAUUAUGAUGAUAUAUCGUAUAUUGAACUAAGCUAAACUUAUAUGCUUAUAAAUAUUACUUAAUUAUGUGUUAGCAUAAAGCAAAUGUUGUGCAGCCAAAACUGGCUCCGACACACAACAUUUGGGCGCUUAUCGAGACAACUUCAUAUUAGAUAUCGUAUAAUUAUAAAAUCAUACACAUACGCUACAUAUUGUAAUAAUUGUGUAUUUUGUAUAUUGCAAAAUUCUGUUGCGCAUUAAAUAACUAAGUUUCAAUACUAUAUCAAUAUAA